AUGGGUCCGCUAAAAAAAUAUGUUUCUGAUGAAAUAAGAUCAUGGGUGAGGAACAAUUCACGCCCUCUAACGCAAUAUGACAUGAUGGAAGUAUUUGGACGCGCGUAUCUACUACGCACUCAAAGCGGUGAGAUAGCUGUCAGUGGUUUUCGUGCAACAGGUCUAUAUUCGAUAGACAGAAAUGUUUUAAAAGAUCAUGAUUUUAUAGAUAUGAAUGACCAAGAAUGUAGAAUCUCCAAUCAAGAAAAUAUCACACCAGAACCAACUACUUCGUCUACUCCCGCAAUAGAAAAUAAAUCUUUUGACGUAACACCUUCCAUAAAUGAACCUGAUAUAAGUAAUGCAACAGCUAAUGUUGCUCCCUCGGCUUUAAGAAACCAGAACAAAACUCCAACUGGAAGUUUAGAAAGACUUGUAGUUCCCGUUGCGACGUCACCACAGCUAUCAACUUCAAGAGAUAAUAACUUUAUAACGCCAUUCCAAUUAUCUCCGAUACCAGAAAUAGCACCUAGGCAAGCUACUAACCAAGACAAAAGGGCUGAAAAGUCGACAUUGCUUAUUUCAUCCCCAUACAAAAGUGAAUUGCUAGACUCAUUAAAAAAGAAACAAGACCAAAUCUAA